ACACCUCUAAGUUUAUAGUUGGAUUUCCAUUAAUUAAUUAGCACCCUAGCUUGGAUUGGUGUGGCCUGGCCUCCAAAUUUAAAAAACACGUACCGUUAAUUGAAAGUAUAGUCCAACGUUUAAUUGGUUACCCGCCGCCUUGGCAGCACUCAAAAAAUAAAAAUAAAAAUAAAAUAAAUAAAAAAAACCUUGCAGAAAAAGCCAAGUUAUGCCUAAUCUAAACAUUAUAUUUUCAUUAACAUUUAACAUUGACAUUCCUCAACCUCUCGUGAUCACACCAUCUUAUUGCUGCUUCUGUUUCACGUCACUCUUCUUUCUCUCCCUUUAAAUAUCAUCCACAACUACCUAGUGGACUCAAAACACCCUUCAAUAUAAAUACAUACCUCCUUUAUUUUCCUUAAUUACCAUUUCUAUCUACACUUAAACGUACACUACUCAUUUUAUACUAUCUUCUUCUUCUUCUUCUUCUUCUUUGCUUUCGUCGAUUUCUAAUUAGUGUUGUUUUGUUGUUAUGGCGGAUGAUAAUCAUGGCGAUAACUUGCCUCCGGGUUUUCGAUUUUGUCCUACGGAUGAGGAGCUUGUUGUUCAUUUUCUUCGUCGUAGAGAUGCCCUCUUACCUUACCAUCCUGAUGUUAUUCCUGAUCUUGAUGUUUAUCCUUACCAUCCUUGGGAGUUGGAAGGAAAAGCAUUUUCGGAAGGAAGUAAAUGGUACUAUUAUAGUAGAAAGAUGCAAAAUAGGGUGACUGAAAGUGGAUAUUGGAAACCAAUGGGAAUGGAUGAGCCAAUAAUGUCGUCAAGUAGUAGUAGAAAAAUAGUUGGUAUGAAGAAAUAUUACGUGUUCCAUAUUGGCGAGCCGCCUGCCGAUGUUUGGACCAGUUGGAUAAUGCAUGAGUAUAGACUUCCUGACUCUGGGUCCACCAGUAAAUCUGGCUCAAGAAAGAGAGGCCAACCUAAGCUAGAUUAUAGUAAAUGUGUCAUCUGUAAGGUGUAUGAGCGAAGGAAUGAUGAUGAUGAUGGCGAUAAUGAUACUGAGCUUUCGUGCUUGGACGAAGUAUUCUUAUCUAUGGAUGACCUCGACGAAAUUAGUUUGCCAAAUUAAGUGUAAUUAAUUAAAACUUUGUAUUUCUAGGUCACUCAUCACUAGAUAUGAUGAUGAAAAAUCUAAGUUUAAUAGUCAUAGUUGACAAAAAUGUAGAAGCAAAUGUGAUGACAACCACCAACAUAUGUAGUUGUUCAUCUAAUGAUCAUAUAGCAUAUGGGAAGUCUUCAAGAAAAUCCAACAUUUUCCUCUUUUGUGGAAUUUGAAGUUACAAUUUUUAUA